AUGAAUGUGACUGAAUAUCUGUUCUAUGAGAAUACAUUUUCACCCUCUUAUGAUUAUGAUAACUCGCUGGAAUCUAACUGGUGUCAAAUGGACCUCUACCAUUUCAGCACCAUGUUCACCAGCAUCCUAUAUGCUCUGAUUUUUCUUUUCAGCCUACUAGGAAAUAGCCUUGUCUUGUGGAUCAUAGUGAAAUACGAAAACGUCACAUCCUUAACAAAUCUCUUCAUUGUUAAUCUUUGCAUCACUGACCUGGCUUUCUCUUGCACGCUGCCCUUCUGGAUUGUCUACAAAUACUAUGGAUGGAUUCUUGGUAAUUUUCUCUGCAAGACUGUCAGUGCCAUCUUCUCUAUCAGCUACUACUGUGGUGUUAUCUUUCUUACCAUAAUGACCAUCUUCCGGUACCUGUCUGUGGUAGAUCCCUUGUCAACUUUGAGAACACAAACAAAAAAGCGUGGUGUUCUGGUGAGCUUGGCCAUUUGGUCCAUCAGUGUGUUGGUUGUGGUCCCGGAAAUCAUUUUUACCGAAACAAUAACCUACUCCAACGGCCUACAGCACUGUGAGUACAUAGAUUCCACUUGGAAGUUUGUGGAGCUAUGCCAGCAAAUUGCUUUCUUUCUGUGUUCCUUUUGUACCAUUGCAAUUUGUUAUAUUCGAAUGCUUAAGAUCCUACUUGGUUCAAGAUCUCAAAAGAGGUACAGGACUGUGAGACUCAUAUUUGCCAUUGUGCUUAUCUUUUUCCUGAGCUGGGCACCUUACAAUGUGCUUGGUUUCCUCUAUUUUUUGUCCUAUAAGCUUAUCAUCCAACUAAGCUGUGAAUCCCGCAAGCAAGUUUUCUUCGCUUUUGACAUCAGCCGCAAAAUUGCCUUCUGCCACUGUUGUCUCAACCCGGUACUUUAUGUCUUCGUUGGGGUGAAAUUCCGAAGGCAUCUGAAACUCUUGUGCAAAAAGUACUGUUCUUGCCACAGCAGGAUUGAACCCUCCAGCCCAAGGCCUCAUUCUUUUCACACAAGCCCGUACGAGGAUGCAUCCAUGUACUGAAGGUACUGAAGGAACAGUUUGAGUCACCUGCCUGCAGAAACUUUGUUUUUCAACAUUCCACUGCAAAGAAUGUUAAGUGACGUUACUUUGAAAUAUAAGACAGACAUUGAUCAUCAGUUUUAUUUGGAGCCCAUCUAUUUAAUUUGUGAAGAAGACAUUUUCCCGCUGGUAGAUCACUUUUUUUCUGUUUUUACUUCUAAUGUUUUCAGAAAUUCAGAUGUUUGUAGAACCAUGUGAAAGGGUAAGGGGGAUAUCCCA